AUCAACAUGUACUCAGAGGGACUGAUGGAUCUCAUGGAAAUGAUUAUGAAGUUGCCCCUGAGCAUAGAUCAAAAAACACAACUGGACCUCAUUGAAAGAAGAGCAAAAGAGCGCUACCUUCCUGUCUUUGAAAAGGCACUGACUGGGCCUGUGUACCUGGUGGGAGGUAAAUUAAGCUUUGCAGACGUGCAACUGCUGGAAUGCACGCUGAUGUUGGAGGAGAAAUUCGUUGGAAUCCUCGCUGACUUUCGCAACGUCAAGUCUUUCCAGGGCAGGAUGACCCGGAUUCCUGCCAUCACCAGGUUUCUGCAGCCAGGCAGCAAGAGGAAACCGCCGCCAGAUGAAGCCCUCUUGAAGGUUGCCAUGGAGGUGUUUGAUUUUAAAUUACCGCUGCCAUGAACUCUGUACAUUUCUCACACUAGCAGUGUGAACAAUUCGCCAGUGAAUCAUAUAAGCACAGCAUGUUGGAUCAAUGUAUUUGCUGGUUUAUGCUGAUGAAUGCUGCACCAUCAAUCAAUCUGUUUAGCAUGACAGGAAUCUAUGUAACCCUGUAUAACGCCAAAGACACAUAAAUGUUUUAAUGCAAAGGUUCUACUGAAUAAAUUGUUUAUUUUUUAGGAA